AAAUGAAAUCCCUUCUCUUCGCCUUUCUCCUCCUCCUCUCUGUCCUUGUAUCUCUGAAGAAUCUUUCAUCUUGGGUCCUUCUGGGCAUGCUUCUGAUUGGCCUGGCCUCAUACUUCCUCAACGUUCUGUGGCUAAAGCCUAAAAGGCUCUUGUGGAAACUUCAGAGGCAAGGAAUUAGAGGGCCCUGUCCUUCUUUCCUAUAUGGAAACGUUCAGGAGAUGCAGAAGAUUCAGGCUAAAGCCAUGAAAGCAGCAAAUUUUGGCGAAUUUGUGGCCCAUGACUACACCUCCACUCUCUUCCCAUACUUUGAACAAUGGAGAAAAGAAUACGGCCCCAUAUACACGUACUCAACAGGAAACAAACGGCAUCUGUACGUAAACCAUCCGGAGCUAGUCAAGGAGAUGAACCUCAGUACUAGUUUGGAUCUUGGGAAGCCUUCGUAUGUUACGAAAAGGCUUGCACCUAUGCUUGGCACUGGAAUUUUGAGGUCUAAUGGGCAUGCAUGGGCGCAGCAGAGGAAAAUUGUUGCCCCUGAGUUCUUCAGCGACAAGGUCAAGGGCAUGGUAGGUAUGAUGUUGCAAUCAGCAGAGCCAUUGAUGGCCAAAUGGGAAGCCAGCAUUGAAGCCCAAGGCGGAACAACUGCAGAGAUCAGAGUGGAGGAGGACCUGAGGGGUGUCUCAGCUGAUGUGAUAUCAAGGGCCUGCUUUGGGAGCUCCUAUUUCGAAGGCAAGAAGAUAUUCUCAAAGCUCAGAACCCUCCAGAAAGUCAUUGCAAAUCAAAGUGUACUUUUUGGUAUCCCUACACUGGGAUUUUUUCCAAGCAAACAGCAAAAGGAGAUUCAAAGUUUGGAAAAGGAGAUAGAGUCGCUGAUAUGGGAAACCAUAGCACAACGUGGAGAAGAAUGCUCACUGGAAUUUCCAUCGGAAAAGGAUUUAUUGCAACUGAUACUCGAAGGGGCUAUCAACGACGUGGGCAAGAAUUCGUCUAAGAAAUUCAUUGUCGACAAUUGCAAAAAUAUUUACUUCGCCGGGCACGAGUCCACUGCUGUUGCUAUAUCAUGGUGCUUGAUGCUUCUAGCUCUGCACCCAGAAUGGCAAGAUCGUAUCCGCGAUGAAAUAGCUCAAGUUUGUCCAGAUGGCUCAAUUGAUGCUGAUUCUCUCCCCAAGAUGAAAAUGGUGAAAAUGGUGAUUCAUGAAGUGAUGCGGUUAUAUCCACCAGCAGCAUUUGUGUCGCGGGAGGCACUUGAAGACGCUCAAAUUGGGCACCUACUGGUGCCUAAAGGCGUCUGCAUAUGGACAUUGAUACCAACCUUGCAUCGUGACCCUGAAAUUUGGGGAUCAGAUGCAAAUGAGUUCAAGCCUGAGCGAUUUGCAAAUGGAAUUUCUGGUGCCUGCAAAUUGCCUCAAGUUUAUGUCCCCUUUGGCGUAGGCCCAAGAUUGUGCUUGGGCCGAAAUUUUGCUUUGGUUCAAAUGAAAGUGGUGAUUUCCCUCAUAAUCUCCAAGUUCACCUUCUCUUUAUCUCCCAAGUACCGACAUUCUCCAGCUUACCGCAUGAUCGUAGAACCCGGUCAAGGUGUCCAAAUUCUAAUUCAAAGAUACGAAAGGGCCUCCAGCAUGUAACUUCAGCUGGAUCAAGUCUUGGAAGUAGCUAAGCUUGUUUAUGUUACCUUAAAACUAUCCUCCUUUAUUUGGGGUA